CCCCGCUCGGCCCCCACGCCUGCCAAAACUAAAGGGUCGCGAAUCCCGAAGGAGAGGAGUCCCCACGAAGCAACAUGUUGUGGUCCCACUGGAGAUUUGGCUCACUUGGAAGAAACACAAAAUUCCUGAAGACAAUUUUUUCCUCAACAAUCACUGGACUCCCUACUUCUGCUAAAUUGUCUUCAAAAUUCAAAAAUGCAAAACGUAUUGAAGGACUUGAUAAAAAUUUGUGGAUUGAAUUUACCAAAUUGUCUGCACACCCUUCUAUUGUGAAUCUUGGCCAAGGGUUUCCAGAUAUUUCCCCUCCGGAAUAUUUAAAAGAAGAAUUAUCAAAGAUUGCAGCAAUUGAUUCCCAGAAUCAGUAUACACGUGGCUUUGGUCAUCCACCACUUGUGAAAGCUCUGUCUUCUCUAUAUGGAAAGUUUUAUCAAAACCAAAUUGAUCCAAAUGCAGAAAUUCUUGUGACUGUAGGAGCUUAUGGAUCUCUAUUCAAUUCCAUUCAAGGAUUAAUUGAAGUAGGAGAUGAAGUCAUAAUAAUAGUGCCUUACUAUGAUUGUUAUGAGCCUAUGGUGAGAAUGGCUGGAGCCACACCUGUUUUUGUUUCCUUAAAAUCUAAGCCUGUUGCUGGGAAAAAACUAUCUAGCUCUGACUGGAAAAUAGAUCCUAAAGAAUUAGAAAGUAAAUUUAAUUCCAAAACCAAGGCUAUCAUAAUAAAUACUCCGCAUAACCCCAUUGGCAAGGUAUAUACCAAAGAGGAACUCCAAGUAAUUGCUGAUCUUUGCAUCAAAUAUGAUACACUCUGCAUCAGUGAUGAAGUGUAUGAAUGGCUUGUAUAUACUGGAAAUAAGCACUUUAAAAUAGCCACUUUUCCAGGUAUGUGGGAGAGAACAAUCACAAUAGGAAGUGCUGGAAAGACUUUCACUGUAACUGGCUGGAAGCUUGGGUGGUCCAUUGGUCCUCAUCACCUGAUAAAACACUUACAGACAGUUCAACAAAAUACUAUUUAUACUUGUGCAACUCCUUUACAGGAGGCCUUGGCUCAAGCCUUUUGGAUUGACAUCAAACGAAUGGAUGACCCAGAGUGUUACUUUAAUUCUCUGCCCAAAAUGUUAGAAGUAAAAAGAGAUCGGAUGGUGCGUUUACUUGAAACUGUGGGCCUGACCCCUAUAGUUCCUGAUGGAGGUUACUUCAUUCUUGCUGAUAUUUCUUCACUAGAUGCAGACCUCUCUGAUAUGAAGAGCGAUGAGCCUUAUGACUAUAAAUUUGUGAAGUGGAUGAUUAAAAAUAAGAAACUGUCAGCCAUCCCAGUUUCAGCAUUUUGUAACACAGAGAACAAGUCACGGUUUGAGAAAUUGGUGCGAUUUUGCUUCAUUAAAAAAGACAGUACUCUGGACGCUGCUGAAGAAAUCAUCAAGGCAUGGAGUCAACAGAAGUCUUAAUCCACACCACUAGUCUAGCAUUACUGUUUAGCACUGCCACUUCCUGGAUACUGAGAAACAAAUAUUUCAAUACACAUGAAACUUAAAUUUUUCUCUUAUUUUUCUAGUGACUUUCACCCCAUCAUUCAUAGAAUUCAGGAAGUUUGAUUUCUGUUUAUGUAUUUGAGUUGGUAUUGCAUAGUGGGUGGCAACUGUGAGAUGUUGAUCAAUGCUUGACUUCUUGUUUCCUAAUCCUAACAAGGGUAGAAAAAUAGCACUUUAUAUGAAUUUUGUGGGGUGUUUGUCAGGAUGAAUGGACUAAUGAUAUGGACUGGGAAGUAAUAAAGGCUCAACUGAUGUUAACCAA